UAGUAGAUUGUACCGGUACCGUUCCGAACUUCAUACAGUGGUGAAAGUUCCCAGUCAACAGAUUAAUUAAGAAACGGAGUGUCCCAAUGUCCCAAUGCGUUCUGCGUGUCAAAAGGAACUGAAAAUUGCUUCUUUUAGAAUCUGGAGCGGACUCCUUUGGGAUCAGACGGGAUGAAACGAAGACAUCCAGAUGAAGCUACGAGCAUCCAGAGCUUUGGCUUCGAAGACUGGUUUUCCUGCUGAUGCAUUUGUAAUCACGUAAUCGUCCCUUCAAAAGGACGCCACCUCCUUGCUAGAGCUUGGAAACAAACACAAGACUGUGCUCAUAGUUGUUAUCUUCCACAACAACAAUACCACCCAAUCAAUCUACCAUGCCCCUCACCAGCGUCGUAAAAGCCACUGGCAAAGUCUUGUCAUCUCCGUUCAAGAACAAGCACGGCAAACAAAAUGCAAUCGUCAUGGCGGCCGUAAUAAAGGAGAUCGAAGCUGCUUCGUAUGAGAGUCGCUUGCUAAACAACAACUCUGCCUGGGAAUCGGUCGACUACUACGAUCAUGAUGAUAUCUCGGUUGGCAGACUCCUCCAAGGCGGUGCUUUCUUUGAGACCUUCAAGGUGCGAAGAUUACCAGGCGUUGGAGGCUCCGAGCGAAGUAGCCGCGGCAGUACAGGAUACAGCUCGUCCGAAGAGGACACCAUUCAAACCGCCAAGACUAACAAGGGACAAUGCUAUAUCCUCAAGCAAUUGAACGGCAGACUCUUUUCCGAAAACAAUCAAGUGCUACAGCAGGCUGCAUUGCGGUUGGUCUUGGAAGCCAAGUACUUGUCGCGGCUGGAUCACCGUAACCUAGUGCGUGUGAAAGGAUUGCCCUUUGGAGAAGAAGCCUGCCUGUCCCAAUGCACGGCCGGUAGCUUCUUUGUCGUCACACCUCGCAUGGUCGAAACACUCAGUGACCGUGUCGCCCGAUGGCGUCAACAUCCUGCCGGUGACAAACGAUCCGAAGUGGAGUCUUUUGUAGGGCCGUUCUAUCACCGCAAGUUGGGAUAUGCCAAGGACAUUGCCCGAGCCUUGCAAUACCUGCACAAACGCAAUCUAGUCCUACUCAAUCUGUCACCUUCUUCCAUUGGUUUUCUGGAGGAUGGCACGCUUCAAAUUGCCGAUCUGAGCUGCGUCCAAGAGCUCCCCACCGACGAGGAUCCAUCCUGUUCAUCGUUGGGCCUGGCAGAUUUGCUGGACGAUUCUUCGCACGGGGAUGCAGACAUGAAAUUGCCGCAACACUUGAAACGAGUGGGCAACGAACGAACGCCCACAUCCACAAAUCUCCUCGUACAGAUUGCCGCCGACGGUGGAGUCCCUCGCUAUGUGGCACCGGAAGUGGUACUCCAGCAACCGGGCGCGCCGUGGCUCACCCCCAAGGCAGAUGUCUAUUCCUUUUCGCUUGUACUCUUUGAGUUGUUGACACUGAGUCAACCCUAUAUUACCUUCAAAUCGGGCCAGCAUCGCAUGAAGGUUUGUGUUCACGGACAACGACCCAAUCUGUCCGUCUACAAAAUGCCCCAAAAGCUCGAGAAUCUGUUUCUGCGGACAUGGAGAAAGACGGCCUGGAAACGACUUGACAUGACCGACGUCUUGCAAAGCAUGCCCAAACCGGAGAGUAAUCCCGUGUCCAUUGCGUCUAGGCAAGCAUAAAGUAAAGAUAGAUAAUGCUACUUUCAGUUAUGUCAAUCUACCGUAU